CUAGCUCGCGGAUUCUGCAGUCGACAGAAGAAGACAAAAGCAGCACCACUGCGGUUGCACAGAAAUUUCAUUCAUCGAAUUUUUAUUAAUUUGGCACUGGUCGAAGUCUAGUUAUUUCAUUUCCUUGCCAGAAUAACCAACUGGUGCACCAUUUGUUUUUGUUUCGCAUCAUUUCAAAACAAACUCACGUUUGAGUGCUUAAAAUGUGAAAUAAAAUUAGUUUUUCGCUUUGAAAUCGCGUGACGCGGCCAUAUUUAAAAAAUAAUUUAAUGUCGAAUGCAGUGCAAAGGCAAAGCGAGGCUACAUAAAUUAUAUAAAUAGUGCUUGGAAAGAAGCUGUAAUUGAAGGAUUUAUCGAAGCCGUCGCAAUGAUGGACCGUAAGAAGGUACUGGAAUUGGACAAAAUCUGCCGCUUAUGCAUUUCGGAGCGCAAGGAAAUGCGUCCGCUGUUCAGUGAAAAAGUACCCGAAAUGCUGAUGGACUGCACUAGUGUGCGUGUCGAGCCCACCGAGGGCUGGCCCGACAAAAUCUGUGUGCAAUGCGUCCAUGCAGUUAGUCGGAAUCAUGCAUUUAAGUCGCUUGUCGAGCGUAGCGACAAAGAACUCCGCGAAUAUAUAAAGAGCUUGACGGUACGCCUUGGAAUGGAUGAAUCGCUUACACCGCAAGAGCGCAAGCAACAGAAGCUGCUGCAAAAACAGUUCAAGCAUCAGCAGCAGUUAGAGGAGCAGCACCAAAAACUUGAACAGCAAAUACUACAGCAACAGCAGCAAUUGCAACAGCAACAACAGCAGCAGCAGCAACAACAACAGCAACAGCAGCAACAGUCAUCUAUAUAUCUUCUACAACAGCCACAUCAAUUACAACAGCAGCAGCAGCAACAACAACAGCCGAAGCCCAAGAACAAACUGAAACCACUGCGAAAAGGCAGUUCACGCCAGUCAAAGAAACACCAGGAAAUGGUUCACCUUCUGCCGGAGCCAGCGCCUCCGCCACCCCCACCACUGCUUCAGCAACAGCAGCAGCCACAACAGCAGAUACAACAAAUUCAGCUGCCAACGCUGCAGCCGGCGCCUGCGCAACUGCUGCCAACAACGACGGCACAGCAAAUCCUCUUGCCGAAUGGACAGUUUAUAACGACGCAAAUUGUGACGCCGCAGCUGGCGCAGAUUAUCAGCCCACAAACGACGGCAUCGAAUGCCGCAGCAUCGGCACAGGCGCAAUUCCUGCCCCAGUUGCUGCAGGCGCCCAAUGGCCAAACGUUACAAAUUGUUCAGCAGCCGAACGGCACACAGACGCUACAGCUGGUGCAGUUGGUGCCGCAGCGAAGCAUGGCGCCGGCGAUAACGACGACCACGACAACGGACAUGUGCACUACGAGCAGUGGGGCCUCUUUAGCUGAAGCGGAUGUGCAGCUGCUGCACGAUGGCGAAAUGGACGAUGAGGAUCUGGACGAGGUUUACGAACACUUGGACGGCAAGGGUCAUACCUUUGAGACGAUAGUCCUGGACGAUGAUCAGCAGCAAGACUUUCUAAAGGACCCGCAUCGUCAAGUGCUCAUCGACGAGGAAUACACGCAAAGCGAAACACAGGAGCAGGAGACAGAUGAAUACUUUGACGAGCAGCUGCUGGACCACGAGGAUGGGGUCAAGCACGAGGAAGACGAUGAUGAUAAUUUCAUCAUAGAGGAGAUUCAAUUAGAUGAGGACGAUAUGCUUGAGGAUGCGGACGGAGAAGUCGAUGGCGAUGGCAUGACGAAUGUGGACGAAUGCGAGUAUAUAACGGAUGACCAAGACCACGGCCUCGGCGGCGAUGUCGAUGAUGAGCUGCACUAUGCCAUAAUGGAACCGCCCGAUGGCGAUGUCAGCGCCAGCGACAUGGAUCAGGCCUUCAUAGAUGUCGAGCAGCAGCAGCAGCAACAACAGCAGCAGCAGCACCAGCAACAGCAGCAGCAGUCUGUGGACCUGCAAAACAUAUCCUUGGAGAAUGCUGUCGUAGAGUUUGGACAGGAUGCAUUGGUCGCACCCACAUUACAUGUCAGCAGCACACCCAGUCCCACGCCCAGCUCAGCGAAACGUGCGCGUCGUGGAAACACACAGGCCCAACCGCAAACGCAACUGGUAGAGACGCCGUGCAACCACCAGCAUAGUCCGCCCACCAUAAGCAGCAAGCUGGCGGCGGCCAAUUCGCGGCAGCUGGUGCAGACGGCGUCAGUGAUAGCAGCAGCCGGGGCUGAUGACAAUUACGAGAUAGAUGCGAAUCUGGUCACGGAGUUCAUCAGACAGCAUACAUCACCUUUGGGCUCGGGUCGUUACAUCUGUCACCUGUGCAACACAGAGUUCCGGCAAUUCAAGGGCCUCCAGAGUCACAUGCACUCACACACCAAUUGGAUACGGGCCAAUUGCAAGAAGCAGCCCCAGUGCGAGAUCUGCUUGAAGAGUUUCAAGGGGCCGGGCAUGCUGCGCAUGCACAUGAAGACGCACGACGCGGAGACGAAUACGCCGCUGUGCAACAUCUGCAACCGUACAUUCAAAUCGAAGGCGAUCCUCUACAGGCAUCGGCAGACGCAUCAGCAGCGCGCCUAUUGCUGCGGCGUGGCUAAUUGCCGCAAGAAUUUCUCCAAUGCGGCCAAUCUGCGAUGGCACGUGGAGCGCAAGCAUCCGGAAUGCGUUGAGCCGCUCUACAAGUGCGGCGAAUGCUCCACACUGUAUGACCACAUCGACAGCCUGCAGCAUCACGUGGAAAAUACAGAUCAUGGCAGCAAUGCCAGCGAGGCGCAAACAAUUAUCACCACCAGCUCCAAUGCGGCCUUCAGCGGCGCCGUUAGCAUUGUCAGCAAUGGCACCGACAUGUCCAGCAUGAUAGCCGCCGCACCAAACGCCCUCAGUGGCACAACAGCCACUGGUGAUACGCAUGCCGUUGUCGUCGGCUCAUCCGGGGAGAUGUACUUCGUGACGCAGGCGUAGCCAGCGCAGUUCGCCGACAUUGCCGGCAACUCCGAGUGCCUGCUCGGCAUGUAAAUCCUAAACAGGCAUCUAGAUAUAAAGAGAGAAUAACUAAAUACACAUGCAUAUAUAUAGACAUAUAUAUAUUAUAUAUUUUUAUACUACCCCCAUAGGAUAUCUAUACGUAAAUAUAGUUUGUACACAUACACACUCUCUCACACCCAUACACACACACCUUGCAAUGCUAGUUGUCUGUCAAUGUAGUUCGUUCGUAGUACUCGAAUUUUGGAUACGGCAUUUAAAUUGUAUAAUAAUAAUUCAUAGAGAAGCCGUUCUUAGGCAUAAGCUCUUAGGUUUUAGCAAACAAAAAAAAAAACACACACACACACAGCCGCAAUGUAUUCAACAUUAUAUAUAGUAAAUAUAUAUAUUCUGUAUGGCUAUAGAAUAUUUCGUACAUCCGAAACUGUUCAUUGCGGCUACAGAUGUAACCAGAUUUGAUUUUCAGACUGGAUUUUAUUUAGACUAAAUUUUUCGGCUUGGUUUGCAUUGUUGGGCAUUGAUUAUUACUAAAAACAAAGCAAAA